AUGCAGGAACUCACCCUAGACAGAAAUUGGAAGGAGAUUAGGCAUCCGACAUUUAUAGAGAUUGCGAAAAACACCUUGGUCAUCUCCUUCAAGUCCCGUGAAGACAAACUCAAAAUCCGGGAAGCUCCUCCUUGGAAAAUCGCUGACGCCCUCCUUUUGCUGCUUGAUAGAAGGGAUCAUGGCAAAAUCAAAAUGGAAGAGUUGAAUUUCAAUAGAACCCUGAUCUGGGUUCAAAUCCACAACUUCCCAGGAGAGCUUAGAUCUGAGGAAAAUAUUGCAACCCCGCUGAAUGAAAUCCUUAAAGAGAUCAUUAGGGGUGACGAAAUGGGAGUUGUAGAAGGACGCUAG